AAACUGAUGGGAUUGUAAAGAAAAAUCAAAGACAGCAGCAGGAAGAUUUAAGGGAUUUUUGUUUGUCUUUUUGCUGUUGUUGAAGAGAUUAUUCUCCCCGUGCUGCUGCUGAUGGUGAUGAUCUCCUCUGGAUAUCAGCUCGCAGUGUAGUCAGUACUAAAGCUGUACGUGAAGGUCCGACGCGUUAUCCGAGCCUCUCCGUUCACACAGAGAUGGAUCUGUGGGGAGUUUAUCUCUUCCAUCUCAUAACUUUGGCUCUGUUAGAGGUUAUACUGGCCGGCAGAGACUGCUUGGUGGCUGGAGACUCGUGCUCGAGCGAUGAGACCUGCAGUCCACGUCUGCGGACCUUGCGUCAGUGCGUGGCGGGCAACGGCAGCGUGAAGCUGGGCCCCGGCGCCAGGAGCCAGUGUGCCAACGCUGUGACCGCCCUGCUGUCCAGCCCCUUGCAUGGCUGCCAGUGUAAACGGGGCAUGAAGAAGGAGAAGAACUGCCUGAGCAUCUACUGGAGCCUUCACCAGUCCAUCAUACAUGGACUCAACCUGGUGGAGAGUUUUCCCUAUGAGACCGUGCAGAGGGACUACGACUACGUCCGCUUGGCCUCUAUUACAGCUGACUCCGAUGUUGGCAUGACAACUGUGAAUCGCUGCCUGGAUGCAGCCAAGGCUUGCAAUGUGGACGACCUGUGCCAGAAGCUCCGCACGGAAUACGUCUCUGCUUGUAUCAAACCCACUGCCAAGUCGGGCCUGUGCAACCGGCCCAAAUGCAAUAAGGCUCUGAGGAGGUUCUUCGACCGGGUCCCGGCUGACUACACGCACGAGCUGCUGUUCUGCCCCUGUACCGACACGGCAUGUGCGGAGCGUCGACGGCAGACCAUCGUGCCCAGUUGCUCCUAUGAAAGUGCGGAAAAGCCCAGCUGCAUUACACAGAUGAGGAUCUGCAACGCCGACUAUGUGUGCAGGUCUCGCCUGGCGCAGUUUCAGUACGACUGCGAACCGUCGAAAGCGUCUGCCAACGGCUGCAAACACGGGAACCACGGCGCCUGCCUCCUCGCCUACACAGGGCUCAUAGGAAGCACGAUAACUCCCAACUACGUCGACAACUUCACGUCCAGCGUGGCUCCGUGGUGCUCCUGCUCAGCCAGCGGCAGCCGGAGAGAAGACUGCGACAACUUCCUGGGAUACUUCACAGACAACAUCUGUCUCAAGAACGCCCUCGUGACGUUCGGAAGUGAAACAGACCCACAGCUGACUCUCGGCCAGUCCAGCACAGCGAGCCCCGGCCUCAGCAGCAGCAGCAGCAGCAGCAGCAGCACAAACCGGAGCACCGCCUCUCCUCAAGAAACCAUAGAGACGAUGAGAAACAUCCUGGAUACAAUAAUACCAACACAGGGCCUGGAGAACGAACAGCUAGUGGGUCAGUCCACUCUGCCGUCCAACAGCCUCCCAAUCUCUGCCUCGCCUCCCAGCCUAAUUCUUCAGGCCGCCUCCGGCCUUCUGUUGGUGCUCCUUCAUCUGCUCAACAACAGACACUAAAGACCGCAGGGGUGUGUGCUGAGGACCCUCCUAGUAGUACCAAACAGAUGGGAGGACCGGUGUAGUUCAGAGGAAAAUGGACCGUGAGGCAUUACUCCUCCCUUUAACUAUGUACAGCGAUUCUGUUUUUCUAUUUUUGUGUCUACGUGGUCCAGUUCCACCCGCCAGACUUCUGCGGCAGGCCGAAGCCACAGUCUGUACAUAUGUACAUUGUCGUUGCAAUCAUAUCAAACGCUGAAAUGAAGUGCUGCUUUCCAACUGUAUCCGUUUUCAAGAGUUAUUAUGAAAAUAUAGCGCAGAUAUGUAUGAUACAAAGACAUGACGUUUGUCGGUACCUGUGAAGAUUUGUAGUAUCAACAGAAGCUCUUAUGCGACACGCUGUGAGGGGAAGUGGACAGAAGUAAACCACAGAACUGUGUCCGCUCUGUUCUCGGCCCACAGACUGAUUUCAAAGCUGCUGCAGUAUCGAGGGGCUUCAAUGCCACUUUUCUCCAGUGACUGAAAGACGACCAUUAUUUCUGACCAACACUGGAAUAGUGGAGAGACGGUCCGACAAUAGAGCGACAAUUUGCUCAGACAUGAUGGACAAAUGCCCUGAUUCUUAGAUGUCAGCAGCACGCUCUGCAAGAAACUGUGUUAAACCAGAGCGCAUAAGAUCAACCGUGAUGAAACGUCAGGACGGACGGCCUUCGUCAACACUCUCUCGCACCUCUUUGUUAUUGCUAAAGCUACAGUAGCUGUUGCUCCUCGGUCCUUAUCAGCAAAGACUAAUUCUUGGACUUGAAAAGGAAAAUAAUCAGAAAAAAGCAGUAACUCCUGUACCUGUAGCUGCCGUAGUGUGUGUUUUGUGAGCGUAAUACCCUUUUAUUUGUCAUUGUGUACGUGAACGUCGUUGCUAUACGAGGCUCUGAGUCGUGCCAGAGAGGGAAGUGAGAGGUUUGUUCAACACCAGUUGUGCAGCCUGUUUGAGAUUAGACUGUCAUGAAUGAUUCAGUAUUUUCUGUUCUGGGAACGUGCCGGUGAGAUCUGAACAGGCUCGGAGGUUCUGCAAAUAAAACUUCUCAGCUCAUUAUGUUUA